UAAAAAAGAAGAAAUAGUAUGUGUCAUUUGUCAUAAAUCAGAUCUUGAGUCGGUAUUUUAGAUUUUAUUUUACAAAUUAAGUUGUAAAAUAUCCUAUAAUUUCCAGUAUAUAUAAAAAAAUCAAAUAAUUAAUCAUUGUUAUAAUUCUAAAAUUAUAACCACAACGAAAUUUUGUUUAAUCGCUGUGUUUUACAUAACGUAACCUCUACUCACGAGUAUAUUCACAUGUAAAAAUGUCUGCCGCACAACUAUUUAACAGAAUCGGUCAGGUAGGUUUAGGAAUAGCUCUCGUAGGAGGUGUAGUAAAUUCAGCUUUAUACAACGUCGACGGGGGCCAUAGAGCUGUUAUAUUCGACAGAUUCUCCGGUAUCAAAAAGCAAGUUAUCGGUGAAGGUACACAUUUUUUCAUCCCAUGGGUACAAAAACCUAUCAUUUUCGAUGUUAGAUCUCGCCCUAGAAACGUCCCAGUUAUGACAGGAAGUAAAGAUCUGCAAACUGUUAACAUCACUUUACGUAUUUUAUUCCGACCCGUACCCGAUCAAUUACCAAGAAUAUACACAAUUUUAGGACAGGAUUAUGAAGAAAGAGUUUUGCCUUCCAUUACAACUGAAGUUCUUAAGGCUGUAGUGGCGCAAUUUGAUGCCGGGGAAUUAAUUACGCAAAGAGAUCUUGUAUCUCAAAAAGUUUGUGAUGAUUUGACUGAAAGAGCUUCUCAAUUUGGGGUUAUAUUAGAUGAUAUUUCAAUAACACACUUAACAUUUGGUAAGGAGUUUACACAAGCUGUGGAAUUGAAACAAGUAGCCCAACAAGAUGCUGAAAAAGCCAGAUUUAUGGUAGAAAAAGCUGAACAGGUGAAAAAAGCGACAGUUAUAUCAGCAGAGGGAGAUGCUCAAGCCGCUAUUCUACUAGCUAAAGCCUUCGGAGAUGCAGGGGAAGGUUUAGUAGAACUAAGACGUAUAGAAGCUGCAGAAGAUAUUGCUUAUCAACUAUCGAGGUCUAGACAAGUUUCAUAUUUACCUAGCGGUCAAAAUUUAUUAUUGAACGUGCCAACGCCUGGUAAUUAAAAAAAAAGGACUUCGAAUUUAAUAAGGACCGUAUUCGACUAUUUGGUCCCAUCGUUUAAUGAGAAAGUAGCUCGAUGUUAUUGAAUAGCAUUUUAAUGUCUUAUUUUUUAUAAAUUAUGUUAAUAAAUUGUUAAAAAUU